GCAAUAAAUAAUAUUGUAACGGAUUUCUCGAUAAAUCGUCAACAUGUAACUCACUCUUGAGUUCGAUCAGUGGAUUGUUAAAUAAAAGUCCUUGCUAAAAACUUAUCUUUUUUUUAAUUCCAACAACUUAACACGUAUUGCUCGUUAUUUUUAAUAUCCUAUAUAUGAGUACCAAAUACAUAUAGAAUCAUUUGGUGAUUACCGCAUUCUUGAAAAUUCUGUAAACUAUUGUGAAUAGGUAAAAUUUUAUUGUGAGUGGUAGAAAUGACAAUUUGCUUAUGUUAAUUUCCUAGAGAAUAUAAAUUGAUAUAAAUUUGGACAAAUGCUACUUAUCUCUUUAUUUAUAGUGUAAUUAAGAUAAAGAUUAAAUAAAAAUGAUUAUUCCAAUUCGUUGUUUCACAUGUGGUAAAGUAAUUGGCAACAAGUGGGAGUCGUAUUUAGGUCUUCUACAAGCCGAAUACACGGAAGGUGAUGCUUUGGAUGCUCUUGGUCUUAAACGAUAUUGCUGCAGACGUAUGCUGUUGGGACAUGUUGAUCUAAUCGAAAAAUUACUGAAUUAUGCGCCUUUGGAAAAGUAGUUUUGUUUAGACAGAGCACAUUUUUCCACAACUUACACUUUUGAUUUAGAAUAAAAUAUAUGUAUGUAGCAAUUAGCAACGAUUUAUUA